CCCAUAAUUUGUUGUACUUAUCUAAUGUUUUUUUUUGAACUGAACUUAUCUAAUGUUACCAUACAUAUAUUUACCGUUAUCAACCUAAUUUAUUAGUCAUUGUCUUACUAAAUAUAGAUAAAUUUCAUUUUACGAUGACUUCUUUUUGAAGCGACCAUUUUCAAAUGCUGCGGCAAAUCCAUCUACAUUGUCGAGAUAUAUAGUCAACAUUCAACAGCCCUAUUAUAUAAACAAGGGCUAUAAAGGGGCACUUGCAAGUACCCUUUUACUUCGUAUCCAAAAGAGUCUCUGAUCAUUUCCCCCUCAAAACGAGAUAUUUGUAGAAAAAAAAUUAGGGGUUUUUGUCUAAGGAGAUCAGCUUAGGAAGAUGAAGAGGAGGCAAGUGGUGAUAAAACAAAGAAAAAGCUCCUACACUACGACUUCUUCUUCCAGCAACGUACGUUAUGUUGAGUGCCAAAAGAAUCACGCCGCUAAUAUCGGGGGCUACGCCGUUGACGGUUGCCGUGAGUUUAUGGCAAGCGGUGGCGAAGGAACCUAUGAUGCUUUAACGUGCGCUGCUUGUGGCUGUCACCGGAACUUUCAUCGGAGGGAAGUUGAAACGGAGGUUGUUUGCGAGUAUUCUCCUCCGAAUUGAAUCAACUAUUUAGCGAAGAUGGGGAAAAGAAGAAAAAAAUACUAUAAGAAAGGUAUUGUUGAUUUUUAAUUAAUAAAGGGGAAAAAAGUUCUGCUUUAGAGUUUGAUCUAUUCAGUUUUUUUUUCUUUUAAUAUUAGAGAUGUAUUUAUGUAUCCACAUGGUCAUUGAUGUAUAUUCAGAUACUUACAUUAACGCCAAUCUAUAUGAUUAAUGAUUCUU